AUGGUUGGAGUCAUGAAGCAUUCUGAUACGGUUGAUAAUUUGAAUGUUAUCUCCCGGAGAAAUCUCUCUCAAAGAGAAAACCUAAAAAUCAACGAUACAGAUUCAACACUACAAGGCGAAAAUAGUCAAAGAGACAGUGAUAUAGAAAUUGAAAGAUCGGAAAAUAGCAGCUCGGUAGAGCCAGAGGAUAUUAAUCCAAGUGAUUUCGUGAAAAAUGACAGAACUCAAUUCAUUAAAAGCCUUCAUCAUAUCAAUAGUCAAUCAAGGUCAAGAAUCAAUAGAAGAAGAAACUCUACGAAUGCAAGCAAAGAGUCGAAGUAUGUUUCCAAGUAUGGAGACAUAAAGUUCUACCAGAGAUCUGCCACGAUUUUUGAUUCAGAUUCAUUCAAAAACUCGGAUUUUUAUGGGAUAUACAUACUGUUCUGGUUCUCAACUUCAUUCUUGAUAUUCGACAAUCUAAUAAAUUUCUACUUCGAAAGUUCCAGCUCUUUUUUUAACACACCUGUCUUUCACACCUUAAGGAGGGAUAUAUUAAAGGUUGCCUUAUCCGACUUAGGAAUGUAUUUUAGCUCAUAUUUCGCUUACUUUGUUCAGCUUGGAUGCUUGAAGGGAUGGAUAACGUGGAACAAGACCGGAUGGUGGGUGCAGGGAUCUUAUCAGUUUUUAUUCUUGAUGUUUUGGAUAGAAUUUUCAUCGCAGAGAGUAAUGGAUUUUCCUUGGAUAGCAAAGAUAUUUUUGAUGUUGCACAGUUGUGUCUUUUUAAUGAAAAUGCAUUCUUACGGUUUUUAUAAUGGAUAUUUGUGGAAUAUUUUAAACGAGUUGAAGUUUUCAGAAAGUUAUUUAAAGAGGUUGGAGGCUUCACCGAAUCAACUUGCGCAAGAAUUUGAUUACGAGGAAACAAUUAUCACCCUAAGGAAUAGUAUAACUUUUUGUAGAUUCGAAUUGGAAUAUCAAUCAAUGGCUACGACUUUGUCGACUGAGUUUGAAAUAGAAAAGGAUUCGCUCGAUAUGAAUAUAAAAGAACUACAGGAAUCCAACUUUGUGAAGUUUCCCCAGAACAUAAACCUAUUCAACUACUUUGAAUAUUCUAUGUUCCCAACUGCGAUUUACACUUUGAAUUUUCCAAGAACUCCGAAAAUAAGAUGGACAUAUGUUUUUGAAAAAACAUCUGCUAUAUUUGGAAUAUUAUUCUUAAUGGUCACAGUAGCUCAAAAUUGGAUAUAUCCGUUAGUACUUCGGUGUUUGGCCCUUCGUCAAUUGCCGUUUAAGGAGCGCUUUAUACCGUUUGCUUUCAUUUUUUUGGAUAUUGUGCCGCCUUUUCUUUUGGAGUAUAUUUUGACUUUCUUUUUGAUAUGGGAUUCUAUUUUAAACGAUAUCGCUGAACUCAGUAGAUUUGGGGAUAGAGACUUUUACGGACCGUGGUGGAACUGUACUGAAUGGUCUGAAUAUGCAAGACUUUGGAAUAAACCUGUUCAUAAGUUUUUACUAAGGCAUGUUUACCAUUCAUCUAUUAGUGCUUUCAAGUUUAACAAAGUCCAAGCUUCGUUAGUUACGUUCAUCAUAUCUAGCUUGUUGCAUGAAUUGGCUAUGUUUGUCAUCUUCGGUACUUUGAGAGGAUACUUAUUAUUAUUACAAAUGUCACAGAUUCCUCUCAUUAUGCUAAGCCGUACAGCUUUCAUGAGAAAUAAGAAAGUUUUGGGCAUAGUCAUAUGCUGGUUUGGUUUCAUCACGGGCCCUAGUAUGAUAUGCAUGCUUUAUUUAAUCUUUUAA